UCCAGUGAAUCUAGUGCAGCAGUCUGCAGCAUCCAGACACCGACCGGGUCCAGAGGUAUGGCUCAGGUCAACCAUCUGCAGGACUUUGACGAGAAAGACUUGCGCGAUGUAGUUUUAAUAAGAACCAGCGUGGGCGCGUGUUUGCGUGGCUGUUUUAGAAGCACGGGACGCCAAGUGGCUGUCAAGUUACUUACAGAUAGUAAAUGGAUUGACAGGUUACAGAGAGUAAGAAUUUGUUGCGAGCAUGUACUAGUCCCGCUGGGCGUAUACAGGGCUAACUCUCUAGUUGGGCUGGUGUGGGACUGGAUGACAGAAGGGUCUUUAGAUUCAACACUGCACGAGACAGACCUGUUCCCAGAGCUUUCAACGGCUCUUUGUCUUCGGAUCCUUUUGGAUGUUGCUGAAGGGUUAUCUCACCUCCAUGCCAUUCCCCUGCCUCAUGGAGCACUGAAAGCCACUAAUGUCCUUCUGGACCAACAGUACCGUGCCAAGUUGUGUGACUGGGGCCAAGAGAUAGACAUGCAUUUGAUUAUGAACACCUCUAGCGGCUGUCGGCCAUGCUACAGAGACCUGGCCUAUAUGUCACCUAAAGGUGCUAUUCCUUCUGUGGAGGCAGAUAUUUACAGUUUUGGGAUUCUGCUGUGGGAAACACUGAACAGAAAGCGUCCAUGUGAAGGUAUGGAUCAGCUUCAGGCCCUCUUGCUUUCUGCUCAGGAGAAGUUGGAGCUUGGUGUGAGGGGUGACCGCCUGGAACCAAUGACCCCUCAGAAUCAUGUACUUACCCAGCUUAUCAUUAGAUGCUUGCACAAUAACCCUAAAAAACGGCCAUCAGCUCAGGAGUGUGCAGUAGUUCUACGGACAGCUUUGGCAGUGUUUGAACCACAGACUUUCACUGAUGCUGUUCUACAUCUGAAAACAUGGAAGGAGAAGACGCUGGAUUCAUCCUGGGAGUUGCCUAUUGAGCUACACAACCUAGAACAGAGCGGUAGCUGCACAGAUACCAAAAAGUGGACCUCCAAAGUGAUUCCAAGGAAUGAAACUUGUUCAUCAAAGAAUCCCAAAUUAGAAGCAAAGGGAAAGGUUUCUGCGCAGACGACCAGAAGAGGUUAUCCUCAGAUUAGAUGCUGUAUGGAUACUCAGAAUAACUCUGUCCAGUCUGGUAGCUCCUGCAGAGAUCAUGGUUUCACGCAGACUCCUGGACAUUGUGGAAGCCCCCAGAGACAGAGUCCCACGUCUUUAAGGUCCCAUUGUGUUUCUCCCGCAGCUCUGAAUCAGAGUACACUGCAAAAUAAUGCUGGCAACCAAGUUACAUGUCAAAUGUCAUUGGGAAGGAGCUGUUGCCAGCUUUUGCAGGAGAGAAGGGAGGCCAUUGUUCGUUUCAUGACCGAAGGCCGACUCAACAACCUGUUAGAUGUGUUGCGGGCCAGGCAGGCUGUGACCCGUGAAACAUACGAGAUCAUCACAGCUGCCCUGACCUUAAAUGCACGAACACGCUGUUUACUUGAUAUCUGUUCCUGCCUAGGAGAAAAUGUUGCUAUUUUGGUGGCCACAACUUUAGGUCUAGUAUCUACCAAAAAUACUCAGGAAGCCUAUAAGUGGCAGGCUGGAUAGCUUGCUGUAAUGUAGUAUAUUAUAAUGUUACAUACCAUUAUAAUAUGUGAAGCCUUUAUCUUGUUUGGUCUGCUUUGGAGCAGAGAUAAGGUUAGGUUGGACCCUCUGAAACGGUACGCUGCCAUGCAGUUUCAAUCUAAUAAAAUCUCAUCAAUUUAACAGUCGUUAUUAAAGGUACUAAAGAUUUUAUUCAUUGUUUUCCAGUUCACAUACUGAAGGGAUUAAUUCUAUGACUUUGAACUGGAAGGUCCGUUAAAGGGGCAGGCACUGUUUUGAUCACAUUCUUUUGUGUUUAAAUCUGGAAAGUAAAGAAAUAAGAAGACAAUUACCCUUUAUUUUAAUUCAUGGAGGCAUACUUCAUGCAUACUUCUCACAUCAGUGUUUACAGUAAAAAUUCACACAGAUACUGUUAACACAGUUGUAGUUGUUUGGGCCCAUUAUAGAUGAUAAGAUAGAGAACAGCUUUUUGGAUGAUCAAAUAUUUCACUUUUUUUCCUUUGUGUACUCUGCAUCUCUGAUACAAGGUUGCAUGUGUUUGUGAUGUUAAAAUUGUGCAUGCUGCACAACUGACUCAGUAGUUUCUGAUUGUAGAGUAUCUUGCAACAAGACCUUUUUUACUUGCAUUUAAUGGAAUAUUGGUUGCUUCUAUAUGUACUUAACGUAACCUGUUUAAACCAUGUUUAAAGAAUUUAAAUGAAACAUUCAUCUAGACAAAAUGAAUGGUGUUUUCCUUUUUAAGAUAUAUAAUAUAUGACUUGUUUUAAGCCCUACCACCGCUUAACAGUGUCCCACUACAACUUCAGAAUUUGACUUAGGUUCUUAUGUAAGACCCAGUUCUUGGAAAACAGUUAUUAUUACAUAGGUAAGGAGGACAAUACCAUGUCACAUACCUCCUAACAUACUCAUUAUAAUUACAUGGAUGAUCUAUACACUGGUUUACACAUCGAUACACUGAUAAGGUCUUUGCUGUAAGGGCCUUACUCUGUAAUGGGAGACAUGACAUUUUUUGUUUACACAAUUAGGCAAUCGUGAACAACUAAAGACCAAAAUUGUUAUUCUUAUUUUUUAUUAUUAGUUUUGUUAUUAUGAUUUAUUUUAUUAUUCAUUUAAUUUUUACCUAUUUUAUUUACUGUAUAGUUAACACAUUGUGUAUAACAUUUGGCUUCAUCAUUAUUACCCAUUUUAAUGCUAAUUCCUAUAUCAGCAUAUUAUGUGUAAAUCAGAUUUAAUCAGAAACCACUUAACACAUAGCCUAAUACAGAAAAAAACACAUUAGCUUAAAACAGGUCGUCAUCUUGUCUUGAAGGUGGCUGGUACUAAUGCCAUACUUGAUCGGACAUACAGCCAGACCAGACCGGGUCCCAGCUAGCACACGUACGUCUGUAAGACGUCUGCUAAAGAGCUGGAGAUCUGGAAAACAUCUGCUGUGUAAAAACAUCUGCUAAACAUCUUAGAAAGAGCAGUUUUACAUCCAUUCUAAAUCAUAAACAUGUUACAGAUGUCUUAGAUGUCUAUAUGACAUCUGACAGCAGACGUCUCCGAGACGUAUGGCAGAUGAGCAAACUAUGUAUUGCAGAUGGCAAAUAGACUUAGAGGUCUCCCAGAUGGAGUGUGCUAAUAUCAGGGGUCGGUUUGUUUGAUUUGCAGAAACCGCACGUGACAUCAAUUUUACCGGCAUCACGUGACUUUCUUGGCUGCUUGCCCUUCGUGUUUUAGGGUUUCUGCUGUUGUUAAAGAUGCUGUCCUGUCUGCUAACCUUAUCACUUGGACAAAGGGGAUAAACGGUGGAAGAAGGCAGGUAAGUCAGGUUGGACAAGGCCGGCAACGGCCGUUUCUCUCUCUGAGCACCAACACGCAGACCUGUGGACACAAUGGAAAACAACCCCGAAUCCAAAACACUGAACGGCCAGCCCGAGGGUCCUGAAGCCCCCUCACAGCCCAAAGAGAGCAUGCAGCUCAAAAAAGAAAUCUCGCUGCUGAAUGGUGUCAGCCUUAUCGUGGGCAACAUGAUUGGUUCAGGCAUCUUUGUGUCUCCAAAGGGCGUUCUUUUUUACAGUGCCUCCUAAGGACUGUCCCUAGUCAUCUGGGCCAUCGGGGGCAUUUUCUCAGUGGUGGGGGCUCUCUGUUAUGCUGAGCUGGGCACAACCAUCACCAAAUCAGGUGCCAGCUAUGCUUAUAUCCUAGAGUCGUUCGGAGGCUUCAUAGCUUUCAUACGGCUUUGGACAUCGCUGCUUAUUAUCGAACCGACGAGUCAGGCUGUCAUCGCCAUCACUUUUGCAAACUACUUGGUUCAGCCGCUUUUCCCCACGUGCGAGCCCCCAUAUUCUGCCUCUCGCCUCAUCGCUGCUGCUUGUAUAUGCCUUCUGACCUUUAUUAAUUCCGCUUAUGUCAAGUGGGGUACCAGAGUGCAGGAUGUGUUCACUUAUGCCAAAGUGCUGGCCCUCAUCGUCAUUAUCAUCACCGGGAUAGUGAAACUGUGCCAAGGUUACACCAUGAACUUUGAGGAUUCUUUCCAAGGCUCGUCUAAAGACCCAGGAGCGAUUGCUUUGGCACUGUAUUCUGCACUUUUCUCAUAUUCAGGCUGGGACACUCUUAACUUUGUCACAGAAGAGAUUAAGGACCCCGAAAGGAACCUUCCUCUCUCCAUUGCAAUCUCCAUGCCGAUUGUUACCAUCAUCUACAUCCUGACAAACGUCGCCUACUAUGCAGUGCUUGAUAUAAGUGCCAUCCUUGCCAGCGAUGCUGUCGCUGUGACGUUUGCAGACCACACCCUGGGAGUGAUGAGCUGGACCAUCCCCAUUGCGGUUGCUUUGUCCUGCUAUGGAGGUCUAAACGCUUCCAUCAUUGCUGCAUCCAGGUUAUUCUUUGUGGGAGCUCGAGAAGGUCAUCUCCCUGAUGCGUUGUCUAUGAUUCACAUGGAGAGAUUCACACCAGUUCCUGCUCUGCUAUUUAAUUGUGCCAUGGCUCUAAUCUACCUUUCUGUGGAGGAUGUUUUCCAGCUGAUAAACUAUUACAGCUUCAGUUACUGGUUUUUUGUUGGGUUAUCCAUUGCCGGUCAGAUCUACCUUCGCUGGAAGGAGCCGGACAGACACAGACCACUGAAGUUGAGUCUGCUGUAUCCCAUCAUCUUCUGCAUGUGCGUUGUGUUUCUGGUGGCUGUUCCUCUUUAUUCCGACACAGUAAACUCACUUAUUGGAAUUGCCAUCGCUCUCUCAGGAGUGCCUGUUUACUUCCUGGGUAUCUAUCUUCCAGAAUCCAAGCGCCCACCCAUCAUCACUAAACUACUGCGUGCCAUUACUCGUUUCACCCAGUUCACCUGCUUUUGUGUGCUCACUGAAAUGGACAUGGAGUGAAUAAAACACUAUUUAUGAGAACACUUGCACACCCCACCCACAGACUUGAAUGACUUGGGGAACUUGAAUGAGUUGGGGAAGAAGAAACCAAGAUUUGGACAUGAGGGACAAAGAUCUGUUAAACACACAGACACACUCACUGCAUUGGAUUCCUCUAUUUUUCCUAUAUCAUUAAAGGCCUCCGUUGAGGUAACAGUGCACGGUAGUGUUGGGAUUGUGGCAUUAUUACCACAUGGCAUGAAAAUAAGGUCCCACGGAGAGGUUCUGGUUCACACUGGUAUCAGAGCACUGAAAACUGUAUUGAUCAUCUGUAUUGCUGUGAGAAGAAUGAAGAAUGCAGACACGGGCAAGACGCAAUGGUUUGUAUGUGAUUUCUUGCUCACUGGGUAUCUAUGUAAUAUAUUUUUCCUGUUUUUAAUCUAACGUGGUUUUGUUUAGAAUAUAGGUUUUACUGUCAAUUUGUUCAGUUUAUUUAUAAACUUUCUUUGAAAGACAUCUUGAUUUUAGUUUAAUUUGUGGUUUAUUUUAUCAAAACUGUGACAGUUCUUUAACAGUGUUUGAAAUGUUUUUGGUCAGUUUUGUUAAAUUGCCACAUGCCUUAAAUGGGUUUUAGAGGGAAGGCGAUUUUACACACUUCCACUUUAAAAAACUGCUGCUAUGCCUUUGGCUUGUAGACCAGGGUGCUCUUGUUUUAUAAUCACAUGAUCAUUUAGGAGAAAGCAAUGUGAGGAAUAAAGAUAACGAGUUUAUCAGAUGUGCUGGAAACAUUUGUAGGCUGAGAAUGGCUGUAUUGAAUCUGAAAGUCUACUACCUGCAUUGUUUUCAUCUACUUUUGCAAUACAAAAUAAACAGGCAUAAAUCAAAAAGCAUUCAUUCCAGGAACCUAAGCAAUGGCAACUAUGGAUUGUAGCAUUUGUUAAAUCAUCGUGGCAGUCAGUCAAACAUGCAAUAAACUUUAUAAAUUAAGAUUCCAGGUGAACUCAGGAUGCCAGCUCAAAUAUAA